AUGAAAGUAAUCAGCAAAGAAGUUGAGCAGGAACACUAUGGUCGUGUGAUCCGCGGUGGUCUUCUCGGCGGCAGCGUCGGACUAGCACUCGGCGUGGCCGGCGUGGUAGGCGGCGCGCGUCGCUUCCCCGUCAUCCGGCAGUUAACGCUGCCCUUCAAGAGCUUCCUCAUCACUUCCGCGGGCACAUUCGGCGCCAUCGUCGUGGCGGAACGGUACAGCGUGCAGUACCACCGAUCGCAAGACGCCAUGAACAACUACCUGGAGGAGACGCACCGGCAGGCGGAGGAGGACCGGCGGCGGAGCAAGACAGAGUGGCAGCGGUUCAUGGACUGGGGCCGCGAGAACCGCUACACCAUCGUCGGCGUCAGCUGGAUUGCCGCCAUGGGUAUCGCCCUCGGCAUGGUCAGCCGCAACAAGUACAUGAACAAGGCCCAGAAAUUGAUCCACGCGCGUAUGUAUGCGCAGGCGCUCACGCUCGGGGUUCUGAUCGCUACCGCCGCGUUUGAGACGGCUGACGCCAAAUCCGGCAAGGGCCGGUGGGAGACGGUCCUGGUGGUCGACCCCAACGACCCGACGCAUCAGCACUUGAUUGAGAAGAAGGUGCACAAGGAGGAGUACGAGGGCCAGGAUCUGUGGAAGGAGAUGGUUGCCGCCGAAGAGAAGCGGAUUGGGGACCGGAAGGAGGCCGCAGAGGCAAAGGCCGAGAAGAAGACCAAGGCCGAAGCAGUAUAA